CUACAGAGAUUGUUCAAAUAUUCCAGAACAAUGAGCCUGGUGCAGCUGCUGAGAAGCCACAUCUUUGGCCAUCUGAUCAUCUGCUACGUGUUCCUGGUCAGCGGCAUCAUCAUCAACGUGCUGCAGUUAUGCACCCUACCUCUGUGGCCGCUCAACAAACAACUGGCCCGAAAGGUCAACUGCAGACUCGCGUACUGCAUCAGCAGCCAGAUGGUAGCAGUUUUGGAGUGGUGGUCUGGAACGGAAUGCAUCCUCUAUACUGACCCAAAGACAUACCCUUUGUAUGGAAAAGAAAAUGCAAUUGUGGUUCUCAACCACAGUUUUGAGAUAGACUUUCUGUGUGGCUGGACCUUCUGUGAGCGAUUGGGAGUUCUCGGGAGUUCCAAAGUACUUGCCAAAAAGGAGUUGGCUUACGUACCUGUCAUUGGUUGGAUGUGGUACUUCCUGGAAAUCGUGUUCUGCAAGAGAAAAUGGGAAGAGGACAGAAAGACAGUGGCUCAAAGUCUUCAGAACCUAAGGGACUACCCUGAAAACUAUUGGUUUUUGCUUUACUGCGAAGGAACUCGAUUCACACCAAAGAAGCAUGAGAUCAGCAUGCAGGUAGCAGAAACCAAAGGUUUGCCUAAACUUAAGUAUCAUCUUCUACCAAGAACCAAAGGCUUCUGGGUCACAGUUCAAAAUCUCAGAGGAACCGUCAAAGCGGUGUAUGACUCUACACUUAACUUCAGAAACAACGAAACACCAACUCUGCUUGGAAUUCUAAGCGGAAGGAAAUACCAUGCAGAUUUAUAUGUGAGGAGAAUCCCACUUGACGUCAUUCCAGAAGAUGAAUCUGAGUGUGCUGAUUGGCUCCACAAACUCUACCAGGAAAAGGAUCAUUUUCAAGAGGGCUACAUGCAGACGGGGAAGUACCCCGGUCCUAUAGUGAACGCUCCACGCCGCCCCUGGUCCUUGAUCAACUGGUUGUUCUGGUCCUGCCUGGUCCUGUAUCCACUUGGCCUGCUCUUAGUACAGCUCAUCAUUUCAGGAUCAGUGGGGACCAUCUUGGUUUCGACAGCGCUCUGCAUUGCAGGUUCAGUGGGAGUUCGUUGGAUGAUUGGCCAGACUGAGAUUAACAGAUCUUCAAACUAUGGGAGCAAGACAGCUACUCAGAACAACAACCGAGAAAACCAAAAUGCACUUGUAGAUGCGUCAUAA